GAGGGAAUGAAAGUGUAAACUUCCGGUGGCGGCAUUGGUUGUGUUGUGUUGGGUGUGUUGAUGAUUUGUAGAAAUAUCUCUUGAAUAGAAAGAUUGCUGGAGACAGCAUUUGUUCAGGUAACAAUGGCAGCAACCCGAGAGAAGAGGAGUAAUGCUGGUGCAAAAAUGGCUCGUCUCCUUGACGAUGAGGAGGAAGAUGACUUCUAUAAGACGACUUACGGGGGUUUCACAGAGGAAGUUGAAGACAAUGAUUACCAGUCUGAGGAUUCAGAGUCCGAGGCAACAGAUUCUGACAUUGACAUUGAUGAAAAUGACGAAGCCCGAAGUGACUUGGAAGAUGACGAACCUCUGCGAAAAAAGAGGGGCGUGGAUACGAAGGCUUAUAAGGAACCAGUGAAGAAGAGGGACACAACGGAGAAGAGGGACACAACGGAGAAGAAGCCAACAGAGAAGAGGAAACACAAAACCAAGUCUGAGAUUUCUUCCGUCCAGAUCUACUCCUCAAACGAGAGGAAAUCGCUGCGCCAUUCGACAGCUGUGAAGUCCCAGGCGACCGCCAAGCGUGAGCAGGAGCGAGAACAGAAGAACAAGAUGAUGAAGGAGAUUGCGGCCAAGAAGAAUGUGACGUCCGUCAGACGACUCACGCAGGACGAACUUCUGGCUGAAGCUAAGAUCACAGAACAGUUGAAUCUCAAGAGUCUGGAAACGUACGAACGUCUGGAAUCUGAGAAGAAGAAAGUGCGGGUAACAAAGCAGGCGUACCGAGGUCCGAUCAUCAGAUACCAGUCUCUUGCAAUGCCUGUUGUGGAGGAGAUCGUCACGGAGCCAGACGUCAACGUGGAUGACGACAGGUUGGAUAUUCAGAGGAAGGUGGAUGUUGUGAGGACGGGGGAACGAUGUGAACGGACAUUUAUUACCUUCACAGAUGAAGGCACAUACAAGGAUGUGUUCCCCCAGAAGAGGCCACGCCCACCUGCCAAACAACUCUGUCCAAUCACACGCCAACCUGCAAAGUAUUUUGAUCCUAUCACACAAACCCCCUACUCCACACUUCAAGCUUUCCGGUGUUUACGAGAUGCUUAUUCACAGCAGUUAGAGGGACAGAGAGCUCUUCAGCAGAAGAAGAGAGAAAAGACCCCUGUUCCGUCAACAUCACAGACAGUGACUGUGUCUUCAUAGCUGUGUGCGUAAGAGGCGACAGGUGGGAUCAGGUGGACAGACUCGCUGACUUGGUGGAAACAUGUUAUUGUAUCCCAGUUGCGUAGAUUGAUGCUGGUGGCGUUGAUCACUGGAUUGUCUGGUCCAGACUUGAGUAUUUGCAGACUGCUGCCAUAUAGCUGCAUUAUUGCUGAGUGCAGCGGUAAGCAACGAAACCAACUAACCAGUUUACUGCAUUUUCUAAAUGUAAAUAGCGAAGUUUUACCCGUAGAACUAAAUUUCAAAGUGGCCUAAUGAGUGAGGCAUUUAACAACAAACAAACAAACGCUGGUACUCAGACACAAGGGUAUGAAUGCCAAGUAUUGCAACUUUCUAUAUUAUGGAUAUUGGCAAUCCGACAAGCCUGAGAAAGUUAGGGGAGACCAGGCUAAGUACACUGGACACAUUGCUAGUCUGUGACAUGAAUUACGUGUAUGCAAUGCAUUUAAUGACCUGCAUUAUAAGAUGUGUGUAUACAAAAUAUUUUUCCAAACAAGUGUUUUUCAACUAGAAGUUGUAAUGACCUUGUAAAUGUUACAGGACCAGGAAGGGCAGUAGGGUAGUGGUUAAAGCGUUUGCUCAUCAUCCUGAAAACCUGGGUUGAUUCCUCACAUGGGUACAGUGUGUGAAGCCCAUUUCUGGUGCUUCCCUCUGCCAUAUGUAAAGACUUCCCACGGGGUCAGUGUUUCCACACCAAACAUGUUGUCAUUGGGCAUGAAUCUUCCAUUAGGUGAGUCCUAACUUUGUGAUUUGAUGAAUGGAUUUCAUAUAUACAAUGACAACAGAUUGUAAAUAAAGUAUGUUCUUUUGCUA